CUAUAUUAAAUUAGACCUGUGCCAAUCUGUCAAUGUGACUAUUCCCAUAUUAAAACCUAAACCUCUCAAAAUUCCACUACCUUCCCCACUUGAUACCACACCGCACCUACUCUUCCCUUCCGGCAACACCACUUUUUCCUCUCCCAUUUGGCCCAUUUUCGUGUUUGUACAUGUAUAAACAGAUGUCAUAUUUGUACGUGUAGAUUCCGCUGCUAGAAUCUCCAGCCUGCAGAAGCCAGAAAGCCUGUAGCAACUGUAUCCUGUCGUAACUAUUUUGUCCUGUAGCAUAGUUUUUACUACUUAGUGAUGGUUCAGAAGAAUCCAUUAGAUCAUGAUCAGCAAGAGGAUUCCACAAGCACCCCAGAGAAUGUUGCUGAUGACUCUCCCUUCUCUGGUGACGAAGCAUAUGAAGUUACAGCACCUUCACCUAAAAAAAGGAAGGGCGCCCAGAAGAAGGUAAUAACAGUGCCAAUUGGAGAAGGGGAUGGAUCAAGAAGUAAAGGAGAGGUAUACCCACCCCCUGAUUCUUGGUCCUGGAGGAAGUAUGGGCAGAAGCCAAUUAAAGGGUCACCAUAUCCCAGGGGAUAUUAUCGGUGCAGUAGCUCUAAAGGCUGUCCCGCAAGAAAACAAGUAGAGAGGAGCUGCCUCGACCCCACCAAGCUCCUCGUCACCUACUCUUGUGAGCACAACCACCCCAUCCCCACCACCACCACCAAACACCACCCCACCACCACUUCUGCCGCCGCCGCCGCACCGAGUGCAACCGCGACCUCCACCUCCACCUCCACAUCAUCCACCGCCACCGGCAACGUUCCCGUGAAAUCUGCCGCGGAGGACGAAUAUGGGGUCUUCGCCAACCGGCCGGGCUUGGAAUCCGACGACAACAGCAGCAGCAGCUUCAACGAGCUCGCCGGAGAAUUGGGUUGGUUCUCCAAUGUGGGGUCCACCAUGAUGGACAGCCCCAGCUUAGUGGGCCCCGCAUGGGUGGAUGCUGACGUGGCACUCAUGCUGCCCAUUGGGGAGGAGGACCAGUUUUUGUUUGGCGAUCUUGGUGAGCUGCCGGAAUGUUCGGUGGUUUUCCGGCGGCGGGGACUGGAGGGGACUCCGUGCUGCGCGGGUUCAGGAUAAGAAGGGUGUACAUUUUUUUCUCGUUGACUGAUCCAACGGCGAAUAACGCUGUUGACUAUUGAGUAUACAAAUAAUUGUAGGUGCACGUGUUGCGGCGUUGAUUGCGAAUUCCACCCCACAAGCCAACGGCUAACCUGCCAAUUGCCAUUU